UUUCUUUUUACAGUCAUUGAUGGGAAAACGUAAACAGGCAAAGUCACCGGCCAAAGCCAAAAGUCUUGUGGAAGAAACAGCUGAAGAAAACUUGACUUAUGAUCCUUCUACUUAUGACUUUUUCUUUGAGUUAGAUAGUGAAUGGCCUUGUCUAACCUUUGACUUUUUGAGCGGAGAAUCCAACGCGCAAACGACUCAACCAUUCUCAGUAGGCUUCCUUAGUGGGACACAAGCUGAUAAACCUCACAAAAACCAAAUAUUGUUUGCAAAGAUAUCAAAUAUAUUCAAACGAAGACCUAAGACAGAGAGCGAGUCAGAUGAAAGUGACGACGAGGAUGAACAGGAACCUCACUUUUAUAGUUAUACACACAAGCAUAGAGGAACGGUCAAUCGGAUUCGUGUAGCACCACAACAAGAGGCAUCGUUAGCUGCGCUUUGGUCAGAUACUGGAGUCUUUGAGUUCAUUCAAUAUGGUUCGUUGUCAGCUCUGGAAAGCAGUGAUAGAAAGGGCGAUUUGAUUCAGCUUCUUCAGAACUAUGAAGACCCUAUGGGAGAGGGUUUUUCUAUUUCGUGGUCUCCUUUAUCAUUUGGCCAUCUGGUUUGUGGGAAUUGUGUAGGAAAUAUUCGCUGGUGGUUGCCUUCUAGUGAGACCGGUUCUUCCUUUGUUGUCAACACACAGCCGUUUGAAGGCCAUCAAAACUCAGUAGAAGACCUACAGUGGAGUCCUGUGGAACCCACAGUCUUUGUAAGUAGUUCUGUGGAUCAAAGUAUUCGUUUCUGGGAUACAAGAUUGGGAAAACACUGUGCAUUAGUUAUGGAACGAGCACAUGCGAGUGACAUUAACGUUUUAUCAUGGAAUCCAAUAGAUACUCAUUUAUUAGUGUCUGGUGGUGAUGAAGGAAUAUUCCAAGUUUGGGAUCUAAGAACACUUUCUACGGAGCAAGGUUCCCAAAACCCUACUAGUCCUGUUGCCAAGUUUGACUUUCACAAGAGUCCUAUCGUUGCAAUAGAGUGGUCACCUUUUGAGAGCUCAUCUCUCGUUUGUGCAGCGGCCGAUGGAAGAAUAAGUUUUUGGGACCUUUCCCUUGAAGCCGACCAAGACGAAGAAUCGGAACAAGCAAUGAACUUGGAUGAGAAAUGGAAAGAUGUUCCACCCCAACUACUGUUUCUGCAUGAAGGACAGAAAGAUCCCAAAGACGUCCAUUGGCAUCCUCAGAUUCCUUCUUUUACUAUGUCAACAGGUUUCAACGGUUUCCAUAUCUUCAAACCAGAAAAUAUAUAAUGUACCAAUUCAAUGGGACUUUCUAUUAAUCCCAAUAUUUGAUUAAACCGUCCCAACUACAUGUUGCAACUUUGCUAGGUUCAACAGGAUGCCAUGCACAUCCUAUAGUCACAGCAUCAUGAACUUUUAGUGUUCUGAGUAUUCGAUGUCGUUUCCAAU